AUGGAUCAAGCCGCGGAGUAUAUUGCGCAAGCAACACAGAGGUAUCUUCCUCUGUCGCCAGUUGAGGAAAAAAGGUUGAUUCGCAGAAUCGACUGGAUCCUUGUUCCAAUGUUACCUAAGCAGCAGCUGUGGUUGCCUGUCACCUGCGCACGUGCGGUAGAUAAAGUCGCAAUUAGUACGGCUGCUAUCUACGGCUUGAGAGAAGGUACAUUGUUUUCUUCGCUUGUGGCUUUUUCAUACCAAACUGCUCUACUGAUUGGCGUCUCAAAUGCAGAUUUGAACCUCUCUGGUGACCAAUACUCAUGGACUGGAUCGAUUCUUUAUUUCGGGUGCAUCUUUGGCAUGUUGCCCUCGUCAUAUGUCCUGCAGCGUGUACCCUCAGCGAAAUAUCUGGCAGGCUGUUCUUUUGGCUGGUCUGUGCUGUCCUUACUGAUUCCAGCCUGUCGUGACUUUGCGGAUCUAAUGACUUUGCGGUUUUUGAUGGGCUGCCUCGAAGGCAUUAUUGUUCCCUCCAUCUCUCUCGUCAUCGCAGGCUUCUACAAAAAAGUUGAACAGCCGCCUCGUAACGCUAUUGUCUUUGCCGCCAUUAGUUCCGUCAUCAAUGGAUUUUUGUCCUGGGCUGUGGGCCAAAUUCCUUCAACUGCACCCCUUGCAAAGUGGCAGUAUCUGUUUCUUAUCACUGGCUCUAUUUCCCUCGCUUGGUCCAUCUUCGCCUUCUUGUAUCUCCCAGAUACACCAAUGAAUGCAUGGUUCCUCAACGACCAGGAGAAACUCCACAUUAUAACCAGGUUAGCCGAAAAUAAGACCGGAAUCGUUAAUAAGACUUGGAAAAGAGAACAAGCCAUCGAGGCAGUCAUUGACCCUAAGACUUGGAUUAUUUUCCUCUUUAACAUUGCAAUCAAUAUACCCAAUGGAGGUCUCAUUACAUUCAGCGGAAUCAUUAUCAACGGUCUCGGAUUCACCGCCGUGCAGACAUCACUUUUAAACAUGCCAACUGGCGUCAUGUCCACAUUAUCAGCCUUUCUAUUUUCAUGGAUUGCUGCAAAGUGGACCAAUCGUCGAUGCCUGGUUACCAUGGUAGCGGCAUUUGUUCCCGCUGUUGGUGCCGUGAUAGUGUAUACUCUGCCGAGAAGCAAUAUUGGUGGGCAGAUGGUUGGUAUUUAUUUGCUGUAUACAUACUUCGGGCCAUAUGUUCUAGGAAUAUCCCUUGGCCAGGCUAAUACAGCCGGCCACACGAAGAAAAAUGUCCAAUAUUCAAUCAUGUACAUUGGCUACGCAGUGGGCAACCUAAUUGGCCCGCAAACUUUUCGUGCAAAUCAAGCACCCGCAUACACAGGCGGUUUCAUCACCAUGCUCAUUUGCUAUUGCAUCUGCAUCGGGCUGAUGGCUGUAUACUGGAUACUGGCCUCGAUUCUUAACGCUCGACGCGAAGCUGAAAAUUCACCGUUACCUGCACUUGCAACGAUAAAUCCAAACUAUGUUUCGGAUGUGGACAGUUUGUCCGAGCCCGUAUUUGCUGAUAUGACGGACUUUCAGCAGCAGAGCUUCAGGUAUACAACGUAA